AUGGAUGGUGACUUCGACUACCAACAAUUUUGGCGGACCAUCGUUGACUUUUUCGAAAGGGCCCCUGGUCGAGAAGCGCAGCGCAGGGUGGCGAAACUUCUCAAAUGGUGGACUAGAAAAGUUUUUGGGAGGAAUCGCCGAGGCGGACUUAGCGACACAAUGAAGGCCAAUAUGUCUGUCAAUGCUCUCGCAAGGCAGAGAGCACAACGUGAUGACACUGUGUUUGAUUCACCCUAG